AAAAUGACGCACAAGAAAUGGAAAAGAAAUUUUCUUCUAUCAAAAUUUCUUAAAUCAGUUUGCAAGUCUCAAGAAAGAAAUGCUCGUAAAUUUAUUACUUUAAGAAAAUUUCAAAAUUAAUUAAAUUGUCUAAAAUGCUAGACUUUUUUGAACAGUAAAUUCCAGUUUUGUACCACUGUGAUCGUCGAAAAAAUAGGUCAAAGAGUAAACUUUUUUCUGGUGCAGAUAUGAAGUUUAUAAAAACACCGAUAAAAUUAUAAAAUGGCGGAGAUAUGAGAGGGCUGAAUUAUAUAAAUGUAUAAACGUAUUUUCAGCAGUGCAUUAUUUGUAAGAGGUGCGUAUUUAAUAUGAGAGAAACAAGGGGGCAUUGAAUUUUUUGCGGUUAUAGAUUGUCGAUUACGUGGGAGAAAAAAAUUCUUCACCUGUGGACAUAAUUAGGGUUUAACGGUAUUUUUAAAACAGGAGUAAAAAACCGUAAUUGCACUAUCUUAAAAAUAAACCACUAAAGGUGUGUGUGUGUGUGUGUGUUCCUCUUCCUUGCAAGACUGCUAUAAAAGUCACAUUUCCCAACUUUUCAGUACAGUAUUUUUUUAGGCUCGAUACCGUUUUUGUUUUAACUUACUCUUUUGCAAUGAACGCCAUACAGCCAAAAUCAAAUUUCAUUUGCUUCACUUCAUUACCGGUGAAAUAUUUCAAAUUUAUCGGCAUAUGCCUGCAGCCACCGGAAAUGUUAAGUAUCAAGUGCGCUAGAGUUGUAGCAAUGGUGUCUAUCAUUAUAUUGUUUCUACAUCAAUUCCUUUAUUUGUUUACACCGGAACUUACCUUUUCCGAAAGAAUUGAAGCUAUUGGGAUUCUGAAUUAUACAAAUGUUGCUAUCGGAAAGAUAUUCUCUCUAAUCUACAAUCGUGGACUGCUACUGAAAAAUUACUGCGAAUUGGAGCGUAUUUACCCUAGCGUAGCUGUGGAGCGUCACUAUAAACUUGGUCGCUACUUGCGUAUUUACGCGCGCGUUAAAUCCUUCCUCCACACUUUCUUUGUAUAUAUAUUAAUUGCAUAUUUACUUUUUCCUAUUGCGCAUUCUUUCUACGAUUUAUUUUCUACCGGUGCGUACACGUACCGCAUGCCUGCAAUGUUUUGGUAUCCUCUGUCAGUGGAGGAAUCGCUGUUGGCUUACCUAUUUUAUAUCUCACUUCAAUGUGUUUCAUGUUGUUGUGCCGCCAUAGUUAUAUUAAGCGCUGAUUUAUGCCUCUAUAACACGGUUGCACAAUUAUUAUUGCACUUGGAUAUGUUAGCUCAGCGUAUACUCGAACUGCAACCAGCUGAAAAAGGCAGCAUGCGCGCUUUGAAAGCGAUCAUCGAAUACCAUCAAACAAUUUUGCUGCUAGCACAAGAUGUGAACGACAUAUUCGCACCAUCAAUCAUUUUCAGUUUGGCCUCUUCAUCAUUUAUACUAUGCUUUAGUGCCUAUCAGCUAUUGGGCGAUGUAUCCUUCGUUUUCGGAGCGAAAGUGCUACUCCUGCUUUGUUAUGAAAUGAAACAAGUGGUUAUCACUUGUUAUUAUGGCGACAAACUGAUAGAGAGCAGCUCACGUGUGUUUGAUGUGCUUUACGCUCAUGAUUGGACUUUUGGCUCUCCGGCAUACAAGCGAUUGGUCCUGAUAAUGAUGCUUCGCACACAUAAGCCCAUUGCUUUAAAUGUAGCUGGUAUAGCAGACGUCUCGCUAAUUACACUAAAACAGGUCCUGAGCACCGCUUAUCAAGUAUUCGCAGUUCUGAAGACAGCCUAAACUAAACAAUCUUGUUUGUUGUGAAAUCUACCAACAUACAUAUUUGGUAUUUCAAAUUUACAUAUUUAUUAAUUAAAUACAAUAGAUG